AUGGCUACAAAGGUCAUCGACAAAGCCGAAAUCGAGGACGUUCCUGUCACACAAGAGAUGCACGAAGUCAUCAGCCUGAGUAUCAAGGGCGAGGCCCAGGAGAUUGAUCGGGAGCUUGAGAAGAAGGUGCUCCUGAAGACCGACCUCAACCUUGUUCCGAUCCUCUUCCUCCUUUUUCUCUGCGCCUUUAUCGACCGUAUCAACAUCGGCAAUGCUCGCAUCCAGGGUUUGGAGAAAGAUCUCAACAUGAGCGGCCAGGACUAUAACAUCGCGCUGUUCACCUUCUUCAUCCCUUACAUUCUUUUGGAAGUUCCGAGCAACCUCGUCCUGAAAAGAGUGCGCCCUUCCAUCUUCAUCUCGUCCAUAAUGCUUGGUUGGGGAGUCAUCACCAUCUGUCAGGGGGUCACUCAAUCCUUUGCCGGGCUUGUGGUCUGUCGAGUCAUCAUAGGUGUCUUUGAAGCUGGCUUCUUUCCCGGGUGCCUCUAUUUGAUCUCGAUGUUCUAUAAGCGCCACGAGCUGCAAUGGAGAUUCAACCUGUUCUUUUCUGCCGCUAUCAUUGCCGGUGCUUUCAGUGGCCUCCUCGCGUACGCAAUUGCUCAUAUGGACGGGAUUGCUGGAUACGGCGGUUGGAGAUGGAUCUUCAUCAUCGAAGGCCUCUUCACGGUAGUGGUGGCCGUCGCAUCAUACUGGAUCGUUCCAGACUGGCCCGAGACUGCAAAGUUCCUCAAGUCUGACGAGCGUGAACUCCUCAUUCGUCGACUGGCUAUGGAUGCUGAAGGUGCCAACAUGAACCAUUGGAACAAGAAGGCUGCCAAACGCAUCUUUGGCGACGUCAAGAUCUAUCUAGGCAUCGCAAUGUAUCUCGGUAUUGUCACCACUGGCUACAGUGGCGCGUUCUUUACUCCGACCAUUCUCAAACAACUCGGAUGGACCUCAAUCCGAGCGCAGGUCAUGUCUAUCCCUAUCUUCGUCUUUGCCACGAUCUGUGCUUUGACCUGUGCCGUGGCAAGCGACAAGCUUCAUCAUCGCUUUGGCUUCAUCUUGGGUGGCUGUCUCAUAGCAACCAUCGGCUAUGCAAUCCUAUUGAACAUGCACCACGUGAGCGUCGGAGUCAGGUAUUUCGCCCUGUAUGCCGUGAUCGGUGGCGGAUAUAUUGCUCAGCCAAUUACUCUUGUGUGGGUGAGUAACAACGUUGCCGGCCACUACAAGCGUAGUGUGAGUUCCGCAAUGAUGAUUGGAUUCGGUAACUGCGGCGGUAUCGUUGCUUCCAACAUGUUUGUCACAACCCAGGCACCCGAAUAUCCGCUCGGAUAUGGUUUAGGACUGGGUCUGAUCUGGCUAUGCGUAAUCUCUUCCGUCAUUUUCCUCUUCUUUAUCAGAAGAGAGAACAAACUAAGAGACCAAGGCGGCCGGGAUGACAGGUACAAUUUGCCAGAGGACGAAAAGAACAACCUUGGAGACGACCAGCCAGCAUUCCGCUUCACUUAUUGA